CAUGCUUGUUUUUCACCGGCUGCAAUGCAAUGCAAUGUUUAUAAUUUAAUUUAAUAAUAAUGUCUAUUUGUUCUUUUAGUAUAAUAUCUAUAUACUUUACCUUCCCAUAAUAUAGUGUGUAAAAAUGAGUGAUAAAAUAUUAGCCGCGCUAAAGAAUAUCGAGUUGGAAACGAAAAAUUCUGAUUUAGCAAAAACAUGCCAGCAUGUUGUGGAAUCCUUAAAAACUGGUUCCACCAAAUUUGAGGAUGUGAUUGUAAAGCUAUCACAAUUCAUACUCAAUUUUGAAGAUGCACUGCUGUUCAAGAAGUAUCUCUCAAAUGUACUGCUGGCGUUAGUCUCCACUCAAAUUCCUUUGAAGCCUGUGUUUUCCAACACAAACUAUGAUCAAUGCAAUGAUUUGGAGAAGACACAUCAUCUAGAGUACUCUGUUCUUUUAUCACUUUUGAGUGAUCAUCCUGACAUACUGCAGUAUGCCUUGAAAUACUUCCAAAUAAAUGCAGUCCCUCCGUAUGAAGUAUUUAUACAUCAUGAGGACUCAUACAAUAUUGCACCAAAGAAAAGGAGGCUUUUGGACUGUAGGCACAAGAUUACGGAUCACCAGAUAGUGUCAUGUUGUUAUUCAUUAUUGAGUAAACUCCCAAAUGAACUAUCUUCAAAAUGGGAUUGGACAAAAUUUGUUAACAAUUUUAGCAGUCAUGAAAAUUCUCAAAUAAGAUGGAUGGUAAAAGAAUGUAUGUCCAUACUGACUAAUAUGACAGAAGCUCAAUCAAAAACACUGUCCAGCAAUCUUUGUAUUACACAAGAAGUUGCUCUGAAAAACAUUCCACACACAAAAGAAGUACAUAUUAUUGAUGGGAAUAUAAAUGAGCUAGACUUAAAUGUGAGCAGUGUUAUAAAUGUUGAUGGUAUUCUGCUACCAGUUUAUGAAAAGAAUAAUGUCCAGCCUGGUAGUUUGGUUCCUGUUAAGUCUACCAUUAAUAGUUUAAGGAGUUUAGCCCUAGCUGUGGCAUCAGGAAAAGCACUAUUGCUAAUGGGUCCAGUAGGCUCCGGUAAGACGUGUUUAGUAGAACAUUUGGCAGCUAUAACAGGGCGAAAAGGAGUAGCUUUUAAAAAGGUGCAACUUGGUGAUCAAACUGACUCGCGAAUGUUACUGGGCUCCCAUCAGUGCACAGAUAUACCUGGAGAGUUUAUUUGGGUGCCUGGUGUUUUGACUGAGGCAGUUCAAAAUGGUCACUGGCUGUUAUUGGAAGAUAUUGAUUGUGCAGCAUUAGAUGUAGCAUCCACAUUGAGUUCUCUACUGGAAAGAAAUACUUUAUGUGUACCAGGGUAUAGAGAUUCUUUGCCAGUUACACCAGGAUUUCAACUGUUUGUCACUCAAAGGACUGUUCUUACUAAUUACGGAUUUCAAAAGAAAAUGUCGAAUUCGAGUACAUUAUUACAAAAGCACUUGACUCAAAUUAAUGUUGAACCAUUGUCAAGAUCUGAACUAACUGAAAUCAUUCAUGUCAAAUAUCCUACACUAGCAUCAAUAUCUUCCAAAAUGAUCGAAGUUUUUAUGAUGUUUUCUGUAGGCAGUCAUGACACUUCUCUACAAGCUACUGAUGUAGAGGAGAAAGAUACAAAUGUUACUCUUAUGAGAGGUUCCAGACUUAUCUCUACGAGAGAUUUAAUAAAAUGGUGUGCCAGAGCUGUUGUUGGAUUCAAUGUCUCAAGCCCCGAAUCCGCUUUAAAAGUGUUACAAGACGCGUUGGACAUAUUCACUUGUUCUAUAUCAUUACCCGAGUAUAGGCUCGAGUUAGCAAAAAAAGUUGGCACAUGUCUAGGGAUUGUUGAAACGAAAUCUGAAUUUUACUGUAAACAUUAUAAGCCCAACGUAUCACUACAUCCCAAUACGUUAGAAGUGGGUAGAGCAAAAGUUCCAAGAGUUGAAAAACCAUUAGAUGCUAUUGAUUUUGAAAACAAAGAAGUUGUAUUUUCAUUUACACGUCAAUCGGCUUGUUUGCUUGAAAAGAUUGCGUGCUGUGUCAGUUCAAAUGAAGCUGUCCUUCUAGUAGGAGAAACUGGAACGGGAAAAACUUCAUCUAUACAGUAUUUAGCUAAACAAACUGGUCAUAAACUAGUGGUCAUAAACAUGAACCAACAAUCAGAUUCUGCUGACUUACUUGGCGGUUACAAACCAGUAGAUCUCAAGUUUGUGAUAAGACCAAUCAAAACAGAAUACAUAGAAAUGUUUAAAGGGUUCUUUAAUACAGAGAAAAAUAAAAAGUUUUUAGGUCACAUAGAAACAUGUUACGAAACAGAAAAUUGGACUUCUUUAUUGACACUAAUGAAACAAAGCCACAAAGCUGCUGUUAAUAGGUUAAUAAAUGAAAACAAAGAAGAAAAAUUAAAAGUUUGGCUAGCGUUUGGUCAUAAAAUAUUAAAAUUGGACCAACAGGUGAAAGCGGCAUCAAGACUUUCUUUUGCAUUUAUUGAAGGGUCGCUAGUCAAAGCAAUGCAGCAAGGUCAUUGGGUGUUGUUAGAUGAAAUUAAUUUAGCGUCAGCUGAAAUUUUAGAAUGUCUUGCUGGAUUGUUGGAAGAUAAAAAUGAAAGUAUUGAAUUAUUGGAGAAAGGAGAUAAAGUUCCAAUUAAAAGGCAUCCAGAUUUUACAUUAUUCGCUUGUAUGAAUCCCGCAACAGAUGUUGGCAAGAAAGAUCUGCCAGUAGGACUCAGAAAUAGAUUUACCGAAUUUUUCAUUGACGAACUAACAGAGAGGAAUGAUUUGAUGUUGCUUAUUGGUGACUAUUUAUACCACAUGAAUCUAAGUGGUGUUAUAUUGGAGGCUAUUUAUCACUUUUAUGCCAAAAUAAAAAAAGAAGCGAAACUGAAUUUGGUUGAUGGUUCAGGUAAUGCACCUCAUUACUCACUGAGAACGCUAUGUAGAGCCCUUACCGCUGCAGCCAAAGCCAAAUGUGGCACAGUAGCUAGAUCGUUAUAUGAAGCCUUCUGUCUUUCCUUCCUCACUCAAUUGGAUAGAUCUUCUCACCCCAAAGUAGAAGCAAUGAUCGCUAAAGCGGUGUUAGGAAAUAAGAAUAUUAAAUCGGUUUUAAAACAGUUAAUUCCUGAGCCACAAACUCAGGGUCAAAGUUAUUUGCUCUUUGAAGGCCAUUGGAUACCACAAGGGAACCUAGAAAUUGACAUUCCUGAAGGAUAUAUUUUGACACCCACAGUCCGAAAGAAUCUGCGAGACAUUGCACGCAUCAUUUCAUUAGGCAGAUUACCCGUAUUGCUGCAAGGAGAUACUUCAGUAGGAAAAACAUCUUUGAUUACUUAUAUUGCCAAAGCAUCAGGAAACUACUGUGUCAGAAUAAAUAAUCACGAGCACACCGACUUACAGGAGUAUAUCGGCUCAUAUGCAACUGACUCUAAAGGAAACCUAGUUUUUAAAGAAGGAGUUUUAGUAGAAGCUAUGAGAAAAGGGUAUUGGAUUAUCCUAGAUGAAUUGAACUUAGCACCAAGCGAUGUUUUAGAGGCUCUCAAUAGAGUUUUAGAUGAUAAUCGUGAAUUAUUCAUUCCUGAGACACAACAAGUAAUCAAAGCUGAUCCUAAUUUCAUGUUAUUUGCCACCCAAAAUCCACCUGGCUUGUACGGUGGACGAAAAAUGUUGUCCAGAGCCUUUAGGAAUCGUUUUGUAGAACUGCAUUUUGAUGAAAUACCGAGAUGUGAAUUGGAAACUAUUUUACAUCAGAGGUGCCAUAUUCCUCCCACUUACAGUAAAAAGAUGAUUGAAGUGAUGGCAGAACUACAAGUGCGACGUCGGGGAUCGGCUGCUGUUCAAGGAAAAGAUGGUUUUAUUACAUUAAGAGAUUUGUUUCGAUGGGGCCAAAGGUAUAAACAUGCUUCCAAGGAAAUGUUAACUGCUGAAAAAUUUUAUGAUUGGGACCAACAUAUAGCCGAUGAAGGGUAUCUCAUAUUAGCUGGUAAAGUCCGACAAUUGGAUGAAAGAAAUAUUAUUGAAGAUGUGAUAGAAAAACACAUCAAAAGAAAAGUCAACCCAGACAACCUCUUUAGUUUACAUUCUAAUACAUCACCUGUUACUAAGUCCAUUUUGGAGUUGAUUUUAAAUAAUGAACUUCCUAUGUUUUCACAUAUUGUAUGGACAUACAAUUUGCGGAGAUUAGCAAUAUUGAUUGCGAAAGCUUUUACGUUUAAUGAGCCCGUGUUGUUAGUGGGAGAAACUGGCUGUGGUAAAACAACAAUAUGCCAAAUAUUAGCAGCGUUGAGUAAUAGACAAUUGUUAUCUGUGAACUGUCAUAUGCAUACAGAGAGUUCUGAUUUCCUAGGAGGACUUCGUCCCGUACGCCAGUAUAAAAACGAUGGCAAAUUGUUUGAAUGGGUAGAUGGACCAUUAAUAAAAUCGAUGGAGAGUGGCCAUUUGUUCUUAGCUGACGAAAUUUCCUUGGCAGAUGACAGUGUUUUAGAAAGACUGAACUCAUUACUUGAACCUGAAAGACAGCUAGUACUUUCAGAACGAGGCAUGGAAGAUAAUUCGGAUAUUGUGGUUAUAACAGCCGUUCAAAACUUUCAUUUCAUAGGAACUAUGAAUCCUGGAGGAGACUUUGGAAAGAAAGAACUUUCGCCAGCACUUCGUAAUCGAUUUACUGAAAUAUGGUGCGACCAUGUCAGUUCAAGGGAGGACCUACUAAGUGUCCUUGAAAAGAGUGUCCACAAACAGAUUGCUUUGGGUAACCGAGAAGAUGGCACAUCCGGGAUUGGUGCCUGUAUAUUGGAUUUUACAGACUGGUUAAAAACUUUUGAAGUCACUAAUAAAUUUCCUUUUAGCAUACGUGACUUACUAUCCUGGGUUCAAUUUAUUAACAUAACCGUUACGAAAGGUAUACUAGACGUUCCCGAAGCGUAUGUACAUGGUGCUUGUAUGACCUUUUUAGACUGCUUUGGUACAACUCUGACAGGACAUAUAGAUAGUGAAACUCUUGUUCUUUCACGUGCAAAUGCUAUUAAAUUGUUGUUAUCUCAAAUCAAAGCGUUUGGAGUCGAAAAAACAGAGGUUCUUAAAGAAAUGCUAUGUAAUAAACAGUUGAUACUGGAAGCAGAGUCAGAUAACACAAAGUUCGGUAUUAAGCCUUUUUUUAUUGAAUGUGGACCAUAUGGCACUCUGGAAGAGAAACAAACCUUUACUUUUACCGCACCAACUACUGGAUCCAACACUCUACGACUGCUACGAGGCAUACAGUUAAACAAAGCUAUACUUUUAGAAGGAAAUCCAGGUGUUGGAAAAACGAGCUUAGUAACUGCAUUAGCUAAAUCAUCAGGACAUCGAGUUGUUCGAAUAAAUUUGAGCGAUCAAACGGAUAUAACAGAUCUUUUUGGAACUGACUUACCUACUGAAGAUGGAUCAUUUACUUUUAAAGAAGGUGCAUUUCUUAAUGCUCUUCAAAAUGGCGACUGGAUAUUAUUGGAUGAGCUCAAUUUAGCUCCUCAGCCCGUAUUAGAAGGUCUAAAUGCUUGCCUAGAUCAUAGAGGCGAAAUUUUCAUUCCAGAACUUGGAAAAUCUUUUAAAGUUAAACCACAGACCAAACUAUUCGCCUGCCAAAAUCCUCUGAAACAAGGCGGGGCUAGAAGAGGAUUACCGGUAUCAUUUUUAAACAGGUUUACACAAGUUUACAUUGAUACACUAACUAAAGAAGAUCUUUUAUUUAUUGUUAAAGCACAGUACUCCCAGUUGCCUGAAGAAGUUUUACAGAAAAUUGUAGAGUUUAACUGUAAAGUGGCCCAUGAAGUCACUGAAAUUCAGUUAUGGGGUCACAGAGGUGGUCCGUGGGAAAUGAACUUGAGAGAUAUUCAGAGGUGGUGUGAAGCACUUAUAAAUGAUAGUAAUUGUGGAAGAAAUAUUUGUCCUGGAAAAUAUGUCGAUAUGUUAUAUAUUAAUCGCAUGAGAAGUGAAGAAGAUAAGGAACGUAUGGCAAAAUUAUAUGACGACAUAUUUUUGCCAAAAUUUCCUAGGAGCGAUAGUAAUCCACAAAUCGCAAUCAACGAUGAGAGUAUUUCAAUAGGAGACGUAACACUGCCAAGAAGUAAAGAGUUGAUGUUUAAAAGCAGGCGUUCAAUAGAAACCAAUUUGAUGAUUUUGAGAAAUCAAUUGCCAGCUCUAAAAGCUUUAGCUCAGAAUGUUAAAAUGAACUGGUUAUCUAUAAUUGUUGGUCCUACAGCUACUGGUAAAAGCAGUAUUAUUCAAGUAUUAGCAGAUUUAACAGGAAAUGAUCUUCAUGUUGUACCAGUAACAUCUGCCAUGGAUGUUUCAGAUUUAUUAGGAGGCUUUGAACAAGUUGAUUAUAAUAGAAAUCUUGAAAGCCUUUAUGAAGAAAUAGAGACAAUAACAAUAUACAUCGUGCGAAAUGUAUGGGUUGUACAGAAGUCAAACCAAUGGAAGUACAAUAAAUUAUUAAGCAAUCUCUAUCAAUACAAAUCUCUAAAAAGUAACUUCUUGGAUAAGAACUCUACAUAUGAAGAUAUAAAAAUAUUUGAAGAAAGACUACAGUUUUUGUUAGAACAUUGUGGAAAAUUGUUUGAGUGUGCAACAUCAUGUAAACUCCCAACAGAAAAUGUCGAAAAAGCUAAAAAUAAUAUAGUCAAAUUGAAGAAUAAAGUCUCAGCAAUAAUGUCAGUACAUGCAGGUGGUAAAUUCGAAUGGGUAGAUUCAUUGCUUGUGAAAACAUUAGUUGAAGGUUCUUGGCUAUUACUAGAUAAUGUUAACUUGACCUCAGCAGCAGUCCUGGAUAGAUUAAAUGGUCUGUUGGAACCAAAUGGUGUGCUGAGCAUAUCAGAAAGAUCUGGUGUAAGUGAAAUCAAGCCCCAUCCGAACUUUAGAGUUUUCUUUACAAUGGAUCCAAAAUACGGUGAAAUAUCGCGAGCAAUGAGAAAUAGAGGCGUCGAGCUAUUUUUAUUGAGGUCUGAAGAUUUGGACUUGGGCUUAUCUGAAACAAUGAAUUAUAUGGAUCUAGUAGCCUUGCUUUCAUCUUGUGGUUUACCAAAUGAAUAUCAUGACAUUUGCAUAAGAUGCCACGAAUCGUUGACUGCGUUUGUACAAGGAUUCGAAAGGCCAACAGUAUCACAUUUGCUUCAAGCGGCACAUUUAACUUGGCAACAACUCAUUAGAGGAAUCUCGAAUACAACAGCCUUGCUGAAUAGUUUUUCGGAUGUUUAUAUAAAGCCAAGAAGUGGGAGUGAUUUUGCUUGCUCUGUUAAUAUGUCGUUAGCUCAAAUGAAAAACACAAUGUUAAAAGCUCUGGAAUUUGAAAUAGGAUCCGAAGAAUAUAAGCCUAUCGUUUCAAAUAAGAUCAAUCAUACGCUAACAGUAAAAGGUCUGUGUUCGAAUGCGUCUUACGAAAUUGCUAAACAAAUAACCCACGCAAUAAUAACACAGUCGGCAGAUUCUGAAAUUUCCCCAGAAAGUGCUACCCAUGCUUUGUUUUGCAUGUUGACAUCAUAUCAAAAAUGCCCUCCAGAACUUUUCCAAAUAUUUUAUUUUAUUGUUAAUGAAAAUGUGAAAUUAAACAGUACAAGUAAAAUAAAAGCAUUAACUCUACAAUUGAAUGAAAAGGCUUAUGAAUAUUUUCAGAGCAAUAAAAAGGCAGAAGCAUAUAAAAGAUUUUUCCCUGAAGCUUACAAAGUCUAUCCUGAAAUGAUUGCUGAUAUUAAUUCUGAUUUCGCUCUGCUAUGUAUUGAAUUGCAAAACAUUGUUUUGCAAUUAUUCUUAGGUGAUAGUAGUUUUUCUGCACUGGAUUACUCAAAUGCAGUGUGUGCUGGAAAAUUGACGGAUGAUUUUGCAGAGUAUCCUAUUUUAAAGAAUUGCAGAGGCUACCUCGAAAUUAUUGAUCGCUAUAUUAAUGGUGCCUUAAAAUCUACUCCAAAUUCUUUGAACGACGAAUUAGUAUGUCUUGUAAUACAAUUGUUAAACUGGCGCCAUAGAUUUAUUAAAGUUUGUUCACUACCAAUCUUUGAGAAGUCAAAAAGUAAAAGAACUCCGAUUCUGAAAGAAGAAAUUAUUCCUCUAUUAAAUGUUCAUAAAAAGUGGGUUGACAAAUAUUUACUAUAUGAAUUAUUUAAAAUGCCAUCAAAUCAAAGCAACAUGGAGAAAUUUACCAGCGAAAUAAAUACAUUGAUGUUAAAUAAUGAGAAAGAUAAUUCUAAAAUUGCCAAAGUUGGCAAAAAGUUACGUAAAUGUUAUGGACAGCCAAAGUUAUAUCAAAAUCAAAAUGAAUAUGAUGUGUCUUCCACGAGAAACGAAUUAUACAGAAGAAUACAUUUGGAUAUGACUGAACCCAUAGAUCGACAGUAUUAUAAAGUUUCAAUUCAACCUGGUUACUUAUCAGACAUUACACUGGCUUUAGAUGUACCUGAUAAAGAAGUAAUUAAAGAUAUUGAGGAUAUGUUUGCAAAAGUUUUAGAAAAAACGUCAGAUAGUGCCAAAUUAAAAACGAAAUUAAAACUGCUUCCUAUAAAUUUAUAUGUGAUACAAAGGAUAAUAAACGUCCUACAACCAUAUCUUCUAAAAGUUGUGAAUAAUAUAUCGAAUAAUAAUGAAUUAAAAAUAGGAAGUCAUUUUAUUAGUAAUGAUUGUGUUGAAAUUUUGAUAAAAUUGAUUGAAACAGCAAAUGUUACAAAGGGAUUCCCGUCAUCGCUUUUGGAUAACUUGAAACUUAUUCGAAAAAUUUUAGAAAAUGGUCCAGAUCAAGACACUCAGAGGAUUUCAUCAUUUCCAAUUAAUUUCUGGACUGAUCUUUAUAAGAUGCUUGCUAGUUCUCCAGUUACUUAUCCUGUACCAUUUUUGAAUCAAGAUCAUGGGGAGGUCACAGAAACAAUUCCAGCCAAUUCCAAAAGAAUGUCGACUAAUCAGCCACUGAUGUCUUAUUAUCUACAGAAUUUAACUACAUUCGUUGAUGUUUCCAGUUCCUGCCCUGUAUUAGCCUAUGAGAAAGUAUCUUUAAAAGACUGUUCAGAGUAUUCCAUGCAAUUAAGUGUUAUAUUGAAUAUUUUGUGGAAAAAUAUUGGCGCUUUGGAUUCAACAGCAGCUUUGAAACUGAGAUCAGAUGCUCGGUUUGAAAUGCAAAAGUAUACACAGCUUUUAAGCUAUGUAUAUUUCAUUAUCUCAGGGCAAAGUGUUGCUAGUAAAAACUCACAGCCAUUGGAUAGUCACAUAAUGCAGAUAUUGAAAGAGUAUUUUAAAAAUGAUACACAUUUCCUUGCUUUGUUUAUUAAGGCAAGCGUUAUCAAUGAUACACUUUCAGCUGCCAUAUCACAUUUAAAUGAUACUCCAUCGAAAACGCAAGUAAAAAUUUUAACUUCAGAAUUGUCCCUCUUAACUAGUUUUAUACUAAUAAGAAUAAUGGCAGAUGUAAGUCCAAUAGAUCAUGUUGAAAAAUAUCGUCUUAAAGUUCAAUACAUAGAAGAAGAUAUAAAUAUGUUUAAUAAACUAUUGUCCGCAUAUUACGUUCAUGGGGUCAUAUCAGGCACCUUAAAUGAAAAUAGGAACGUUGAAAAGCCUUCUGACGUGAAUACAGAUUUUUAUAAAGAGGGAACUGAAAAUCGAGAAAAGCUGAAAAAGGUGCAUCCUUAUUGUAAAAUCUUACUGGAACUGAAAGAAAAGAUAGCCCAAAAUGUCCAUAAAUAUGCGUCUGGUAACACGUUUAGGCCCAAAGAACCGUCCUAUGGAAACUUUGUUAAGGAAUGCACACACUUCACGAAAUCUGUUUUAUCUGAUAAAACAAUAUCGACUAUUACUUCUAAUCUUAUAUCUAUAGCAAAUAGAUUCAGCGAAAUCAUAAAAACAAACACACAGGACAAAACAGUAUUACAUAAUGCAGAAACGACAAUUAAAGAAACAUCUUCUUGGUUAUAUUCAGUCAAAGCUUUUCAAAAUAAAGUGGAGACAGUUUAUUUAGUGGCAUUCCUUGAUCUAGCGAAACCUAUUCAAAGCUCCUUAUCACAAAUUAUCUACAGUGUUACAACAAUGACUGAUUUAAUAAGACAGCUUAUGGCGAAAGUCGAAAAAGGACCAGAUUUGCAAAAUGCUCUUACUUCGUUAUUGGAAUACCCUAAUGCUAUCCCAAGCAAAUGCGCUAGAGAAAAACAUUUCAACAGAUUUGUUUCGGCAAAUUUUAUGCAACUCCUAAAUACAAAUUUAACUGCAGCAACAGAAGAUUCCUAUCUGGAAUCACAAUGUUUAAAGGUCCUCAAAAUGAACUUAUCAGAAAUUAAUAUGUGUUGCAUGGCAUCACAACGCAUUGAUGAAGUCUCAAUAAAUGCGGUAUUGACAACAUUUAAUGCACUCGUUAAAGCGUGGGAGAAGCAACAGCAAGAUAUUGAAAAGAAAAAACAAGAUGAUGAAGCUUUAUAUGUUACCAAAUCUAAAUGCGAGGACGAAGAUGAGGAAGCGAUCGCUAACGAAGAAAUACUAGAAAUGUUUCCAUCUUAUUCAGACUCUGAUUUCGGCGAAUUUAAACCUCCAACACUCGAGCAAAAGAAAAUCAAAGCACCUACAGAGAAACCAAAACAUUUGAUAACUUCCGAUGAUGUGUCCCUCAUAUACAAAUGGCAUUCCAACUUUGUUCGCAACAUGACCAUUACAGAUUGGUUACCCAGCCCUAAAAAGAUGGUAGGGAAUGAUGUACUUAGUCCAUUGAUAUUGCGAUAUCCUACAUUUAGCAGUGUUAUUCAGGAAGCUUGGGAAGCUCUGGAUGCUGACUUUGAGGGUAGAUUGUCUCCGAGCUUUUUGGUUAUUGUCUCCCAUAUAAAAGCACAAAUCGAUGGCAGUGAUGCAACCAAUCAAAAGCCAGAUUUCUACCGUUCUGCUUGGGUCGCUGAGACAAGGGAGUGUGUUCCCUUAUUGUACAAAGUCAGAGAAAGCACUGCAGAGUUACUUGAACAGUGGCCGGACUUCCCUACUCUUAAAGAUAUUAUCGUUAUAGUAGACAGAAUACUUAGCUUUCCAACCACAAGUCCAGUUUCCCGAUUCUUAACUGGUCUGGAACUGCUAAGAGACAAACUAGAAGAAUGGAACAAAAAUGCUCACAAGGGAAACAAUUUAAUAGACGUUUCUUUAUCUGUGGGCCAGCAGAUCAUUAACUGGCGGAAAUUAGAAAUGAACAAUUGGAAAGAGUGCUUAAAUAACGUGUGCCUUAGAAAACAGUCUGAAGCCCACAAAUAUUGGUUCUACAUGUAUGCGGCAAUCAAUUCUUACUUGGACCCUAGCACUGAAGAUACUGUGACAUCUUCGAGGAUUAUCUCCGUGCUAAAAGACUUUAUGGAGACAUCUAACCUCGCUGAGUUUGAGGUCAGGUUGGAUAUGGUCUAUGUGUACCAUUGCCAUUUAGUGCAUUUGGAACAUAGCGAAAGAAGAGAUGAGCUUAUAUCCAUACUAUGGAAUACAUACAACUACUAUGCUCAGUUUUCACCGCAAGUCGCUGCUCAGUUGAAGGAGAAACGAGCACCAAUAGAGAAAAAACUGAAAGACUUCGUCAAAAUUUGCACCUGGGACCGAGACCUUAGCUACUGGAGCGUUAAAGAUACUGUGGAAAAGGCUCAUAAGGCCCUCCACAAGCACACCAAGGAGUUUGAAAAAGUCUUAAAAGAAAGCGUAGGCAAAUAUCUAGUGGACAAUACAAGUGAAGUUGGGACGGACCACGUGGGUAUAUGGGAUCGACCGAAGAGGGCCACUACAGCGAAUGCUGCCACUGGUGGAGCGUAUAUGAUUGACCCUCAAAUAUAUAUUGUACUGGCUAGAAACAUAAAGAAAUAUAUUGAUGAAUCUGAAAACCCUUGCCCAAUAAUACCAGAUGGGAGCCUUUUAUCCAAAAUCCCCAAUUUACUGAAUAAAGCUAAGGCAUUGUGCAAGGACACCAUAACAAAUACUGGGUAUCCUUCUUUGGUGCAAGCAUUGGACGAUUUUGUGACCAUGGUGAUUGAAACCAGCGCACAUUUGGGUUCUCUAGAGGUCGACACAACAGCCGCAAAAGAUAAGCAAACCUCCCAAGCAAAGAACAUUGUACAGCAAAAGCGGAAAGCCCUUGCUGACUUAUUCAAAUACCUGACAAAGACAGGUCUUAAUUAUCGGACUGGAUUGGUGAUAUUGUCUGCUUCUGAAGAGUUGUACGACUUCACUAUACCGCCAGUGGAUUUGGACGUGGCUAUGAACUAUAUGAAAACCAGACGAUGUGAUCCUACAUUGACACUUUUAUGGUCUGGCUGUGAAAAAUAUUUCCAAAAGAAUAUAGCACGUCAUAGAUUAUUUAGUGCAGCACUACAGACACCUCACAGUGAUCUGGGAUUGCAAAACAUCGACCGGUGCAAAGGAUUCGCCGCUCAACUAUUGAAAAUCACGAACAAUCAAAAGAAAUCAAUAUCCAAAUAUGCAAGAUAUAUUUAUGAAUUACGCAAUGUUACUACAAAUCUCACAAAUGCCCUUGACGCUGAUAUUGGUGAAACAAAUAUUACAACUGUAAGAGAAAAACUCGAUAUCUUAAUAGAAUGUUACGCCCAUACAAGCAUUAUGUUAGAUCAACUUGGUAUCGUACUUAAAUCUGUACCAGAAGAUGCUAUGAAUACAGAAUCUGUGCCAGAGUUUGAUACUGUGCUCUCAGAAUCAUCAUUGGCAAAAUGUUUUAUGAAUAAUGAUGAGUGGCGUGAACUUUAUAAAAAAGUUAAAGCAAUUAUAUCGGUUGUGGAUAAGCAAAAAGUGGCGUUACAUAAAAUUGCAAAUUCUAUACCUAAGCAGAUAGGUGAAGUAAAACUUUUACCAAACAUUUCUCAAACUCAUAUCGAUGUUGUUAACGACGCUAAAAGAAAUUUAAACAUCCUAAUUGAGAGAAGCCAAGCAUUUUUGCAGGAAUAUCAAUUUAACUUUAAAACGAAAAUAUUUGAAGAUUUUAUUCCUAAACAUCCUGUUUUAAGAUGUGUUGAAAAUUUGAUACAACAUUUGAAUAAUACAUCAAACGAACUUGAUAAAUUAGAUGAAGCUGUUGACCAAGAUAUGAAUGAAGAUUCCACUGAUGCAAUUAUCAAACAAACAGAAGAUAUUGUAGCUACAAUGUUACUUACCAUACAGUCAUUGUACAAAAAACAUUUACCACCUGACAAAAGUAUGGACAAUGUAUUGAAUGCUAUCGACGAAUUGAUAGAAGGAGAACACAAUGAAAAAGAGGAGUCGAAAGAAAUAUUAGAAGAUAAACAUUUGAAAGAAUUGUUGCAUGAAAAGCUAUCGCUUGAUUCUAGAAUGCUGCAGUUGGAUACUUUGAUAAGCAAGAUUCGCUCUUUAUUGGCCAAUUACGUGCAAUUUAUUGCCACAAGAAAUGAUACAGAGAAUAUGAAAAAUGUUGUUAUGAGAUUAGUGCCAAUAUUAGAGCAAACUGUAUUAUUUGUUCAGUAUUUCCUGUCCCAAAAAGUUGCGGUUCACAGAGUUUCUUGCAAAAUGCUUUCAGUUUUAUUAAAGAUAUUUUCUGACCUAGCCAUUAAAGGAUUUUGCAAGCCUUCUGGUCUAGAUAUGGAAGAAGGUGAUGGUGACGAUGGCCCCGGAAAGCUUUCAAGUGGAAUGGGAUUGGGAGAAGGUGAAGGACAGAAAGAUGUUUCCGAUAGAAUAGAAAAUCAGGACCAAUUAGACGAUGCACAUAAACCAGGUGAAGAGAAGAAAGAAGACAAUAGAGAUUGCAAAGAAGAAGAAAAAGGGGUUAACAUGACUGAUGAUUUUGACUCUCAUUUACAAGAUGUUGAAAAAGAUGGAGAGGAUUCAGAUCAAGAUAAUGAAAAUGAUGACACAGACAAACAGAUGGGCGAAACUGAUAAUGCUGCUGAAAAGUUAGAUCAGCAAAUAUGGGGCUCUGAAGACGAAGAUGAUUUAGAUGAAGAAUCUAACAAGAACGAAAAAGAAGAGCAUGGUAAGGGAGAAAGUACGGGUGAAAAAGAAAUGGCUGCUAAAGAACAGGAACAAGGUCAGGAUGAUGGUGCAGACGGAAAGGAAAAACAAAAGAAGAAAGAUGUCAAUGAAAUGAAUGAACCUGAAGUUGAUGAUGAUCACAUUGAUCCAUAUCACAAUAAUCCUCAACAAUUACCAGAACCGGAAGAUUUUGAACUGCCGGACAACAUGAACAUAGAUGGUGAUGAAGAAAACGAUGGAAAUGAUGGCGAAACUGAAACAGAAAAUCCAUUUGAGAUAGAUGCCAUGAAAGAGUCUAUACAAGAAGAGCAAGAAGAAUCUAAAGAAAAAGAGGAUAAAGACAAUAAGAAUGGACUUGAAGUUUCCAGCGAUGAAGAAGUUGAAGGAAAUGAUGAUCUGACUGAUGAGCAGAACAAAGAAGAUAUCGAAAAUAACAAAGAGAAUGAGAAUGAAAAUGAAGAUGAUGUUCCGAAUGAAGAAAAUGAUGAUUCAAAUGCUAAGGAGGGUCAGGAUAACCUCGAAACUGAAAAUCUUGACUCAGAGUUACAAGAAGAAAAAGUCGAAGAAGAAAACUUGCCAAAGAAUCCUGAAAAUAUAAACGAAGAAGAAAAACUACAGGAAAAAGAGCACGAAGCCAACCCGCAAGCGAACCCUUCUAAUGAUGAUCCGACGGCUGAGGAUAAAGUGGAAAAUGCUCAAAUGGAGAGAGGCACCAAUGACAAUGUUGAAACUAAUUCGGAACAGGCGAAAGAUGAAGAAGCUGCACCUUUUGAACAGGCACAGGAGCAAGUUGGUGAGGACAUACAAUCAACUGGGCGGUCUGAACUAGACAAAAGCGACAAAGGACACCGUGGCAAUAAGGAUGCUACUAGAUCGGAAACUUCACAAGAUAAAGAAAGGAAGCAGUUUGAAAAUAAACCCGGAAAGACUGACCAAGAACGGACUUUGGGCGAUGUCAAUGAAAAGAAACACAAAAAUGCGCGCACUUUGAAUGUAGAGAAGGAAGACGCAGAAAAUGAAGGUGGCGAUGCAGACAACGAACACGACAAAGAAGCGGAUGCUUACCAACACGUGAAACAGGCUAAGAAAGAUGAUCUGCAGGUGGUUGAUGCCGCGACAAAAGAACAAGCAGACGAACAACCUACGUUGCAGGAAGACGAUGAAAAGGGAGAAACAUUGAAGGAAGACGAAGAAGUAGCAAUGGACGUGGAUGAAGAUGAUAUUCAGGUCGAUAAGUCUGAAGAGUUAAAAUCAGAGAAAGUAAAAGAUGGACGGGAUAAAGAUCAAGAUAAAACCGGAAACAAAAACGAAGGUGGCGAUGAAGCAACCGGUGAAACGGGCAUUGAAGUAGAGGGAGAUACUGUGUUGACGUCUAACGUGCCUCGAGGACGGGACACUACUUAUCAUACUAAGCUCGAAGAAACAAACCAACAAGUUGAAGACAUAACCAUGGAGCAGUAUGUAAGUCUGAGACAGUGGCUCGAGACCGGCGCAGUUCGCGGCAGUACUGAGUCGACUGCCGUUUGGCGCUCCGUGUGGAGCGACUGUAGCGACGCAGCGCGAGCGUUGUGCGAACGACUGAGACUGGUGCUGGAGCCCACUGGACGAUCGAGGAGAGCUGGUGAUUUCCGUACCGGGCGAGCUAUAAACAUGCGUCGUGUAAUUCCGUACAUCGCAUCCCAUUUCCGCAAGGAUCGUAUUUGGUUACGUCGCACGAAACCAGCUAAGCGCGAAUAUAAGAUCGCCAUAGCGAUCGACGACUCGAGCUCCAUGGCCGACAAUAGGAGCAAAGAGUUGGCUUUUGAGAGCUUGGCUUUAGUAUCUCAGGCAUUAAAUCUACUCGAGUCCGGAGAUCUAGCGGUUUUAAGUUUCGGGGAAAAUCCAAACCUUUUACACCCAUUCACCGAACAGUUCUCCGAGCAUUCCGGUUCCAAAAUACUGGAACAACUGCGAUUUGAUCAGACCAAGACCAAAAUAGCACAGUUGUUAGACUUCUGCACAGUUAUGUUUGACCAACUUUCGAUAAGGAGUGAUGCUUUGAACGCUAAGCUGUUGGUGGUAGUCAGUGAUGGUAGAGGAAUAUUCUCGGAAGGUGAGACUAGGGUGGUGCAAGCAGUCAGAAGGGCGAGACAGCAAGGGAUAUUUUUGGUUUAUGUAAUCAUUGACAACCCUGAUAAUAAGGACUCCAUAAUGGAUAUACGGCGGCCAAUACUGGACCCUACCACAAACAAUCUGACUGGAUUCGUGCCAUAUUUGGACACUUUCCCGUUCCCGUUUUACCUAAUACUGCGGGAUAUGACUGCUUUACCGACCGUACUAGGCGACGCGUUGAGACAGUGGUUCGAACUGGCUGCAAACACUAGUUAAUAUUAAGUGUUGCUAUAAAAUAAAAAAAUGUUUUUUUUAUUGAAAAUAUUAUAUUAUAUUUUAAGAUUUUUCUAUAUUUUGUUAUAGGGAAAAAUGAUUUUUUUAAUCAUUGUUUAAAAUAUAUGACAACAGAUUAAAUAUUUGUUAGUUAGUUUAUACUGAUCUUGUUUUUCUGAGCCCAAUUAGUAAUUAUAGGUAAGACGACAUAUAUGAAUAAAGACUUUGCAAAAUUUUAGGCGUUAAGUAAAUAAAACUAUUGUUUCAAAUAUUAUUUUUAAGAAAAUAAAGCUAUUGUUUGUGA